UAAGGACAUAUUAAUAUCUAAUUUACAAGUUUCUUAUGUAUACACUUUACAAGAUUUACUUAUAUUAGAUAUACAGGCUGUAGAUAUAAUAGAAAGAGAUAUAUCUUCUGAUAUUAGUACUUCUGAAAUAAAUGAUAGAGAUUUUGAAAUCAUUGUCAGUUUAGUAUUUUCUAGUUAG